AUGGGAGAGCACUUGGUUGAUCACAUGCCCGCAUUAUUGCAAUCACUGCAAGGGGAUGAGGGUUCUGGGGAGUGUUCACGCUCUCAAAUUGUUGCUCCCUUUAUUUCAGUAAUUGAUAUUCUGGAUGAUGAAGAAGAACGAGUAGUUGGUGAAGAAUACUGUUUGAUUCAAGCUAUGGAAUGUCGCAUUUGCCAGGAAGAAGACAGUGUUAAAAAUUUAGAGAUUCCUUGUGCUUGUAAUGGCAGUCUGAAGUAUGCGCAUAGGAAGUGUGUUCAGAGAUGGUGCAAUGAGAAAGGAGAUGUAACAUGUGAGAUCUGCCAUCAGCCUUACCAACCUGGCUAUACAGCUCCACCUCCUAUCCAACAUGAUGAUACCGCCAUUGAAAUCAGUGGGGGCUGGACAAUUGCUGGUUCUCCUUUGGAUUUGCGUGACCCGCGACUUCUGGCUAUGGCGGCAGCUGAGCAUCGUCUUCUCGAGGCUGAUUAUGAUGAGUAUGCUGACUCAAAUGCUAGUGGAGCUGCAUUUUGUCGUUCUGCUGCUUUAAUUCUAAUGGCUCUUCUACUCUUGAGGCAUGCUUUAACGAUGGGAUAUAGUGACAGUGCUGAUGAUGAUGUAUCCACCUUUUUUUCUCUUUUCUUGCUUCGGGCUGCCAGCUUCCUUCUUCCCUGCUAUAUUAUGGCUUGGGCCAUCAGUAUGUUGCAGCGUCGAAGACAAAGGCAGGAAGCUGAAGCUCUAGCAGCAAGUGAAGUUGCUUUCAGGCUGCAGGCAGGGCAACGUGGGGGUUUGCAGGUCACAAUAGCACCAGCACCUGGAGCAAUAACAGGACCACGCGUGAAUCCUCAUCCAGAGCCCGUUUAA